CCAGAUCUCAUCUGUUUAACGACACCGCAAGCAAUUAAGCAAACGCAAUCCCCUCUCUUUGGAAAUGGCUACUACUCCUCCCCCUCCACCUUCCUCCGCCUCCUCUUCGCCAGACAACCUAAUCCUGGUCGAUCGCCGCCCCUCUGGGGUCGCCGUGGUGACCAUCAACCGGCCGGAAACUCUAAACUCCCUGACGCGAUCGAUGCUGGUUGAUCUGGCGAGGAUCUUCAAAAGCCUCGACGGCGAUCCGGCGGUGAGGGCGGUGGUGAUAUUCGGAAGGGGAAGGGCUUUCUGUUCGGGGAUCGAUCUGACUGCGGCGGAGGAGGUUUUCAAGGGGGAUGUGAAGGAUCAGGAGACCGAUCUCGUCUUCCAAAUGGAACGCUGUCGCAAGCCGAUCAUCGGGGCGUUGAAUGGGUUUGUUGUGACGGCGGGAUUCGAGAUCGCGCUGGCUUGCGACAUCAUCGUCGCAGGAAGGGACACCAAGUUCCUGGACAGUCACUCCAGGUUCGGAAUAUUUCCAUCAUGGGGGCUUUCGCAGAAGCUGUCGCGGGUGAUCGGAAUAAAUCGAGCUAAGGAGGUGUCGCUUACUUGCACGACCGUUGAUGCAGAAACGGCGGAGAAAUGGGGUCUGGUUAACCGAGUUGUGGACAGCGGUCGAGUGUUGAGUACAGCCAUGGAAGUUGCAGAAAGCAUUUUGAGGAAUAAUGGGGAUAUGGUGUUGAGGUACAAAUCUGUUAUCAAUGAUGGCUUCAAGUUGGAUCUCAGCAGUGGUCUUAAGCUCGAAAAGGAGAGGGCACAUGCGUACUACGAUGGCAUGACCAAGGAGCAAUUUGCACAAAUGCAGAAAUUUAUUUCUUCCCGAGGUGCCAAGUCUGCUUCCAAGCUCUAGAUACUUUAUUUCAACGCCUGUAUUGUAACUGUUUUAAUAAGAAUUAUUCAUAUUCAGCUUAAAUCUCGAAUGUAUGGUGGAAAUAACAUCAAACUUUGUAUCGUCCUUGAAACUAAGGUCUAUUGAUGUCGUUGCUGCUUGCAACAAUAUAUCAGAUGGCAUUAUGCCAAUUU